AUGUCUCGAGUGUCUUUCACCCUUCCUGUGCCAGAAGCUGCAACAGAAAUGUUGGGACAGGACACAUUAAUUGACGACGACGUCAACCAUCCAUCUCACACAAGAGAAUCUCUCUUAAAACAAGGAGCUGAACAAUAUGCCAAGUUCCCAGCCGAAAAGGGCUCGUUGUUGCUACCUCCUGCAGCUCAAUCCAUUGAUGACUUCAAUCCCAUGGCAUGGCCUGACAGAAAGAAGACUAUGGCGUUGAUCUUAAUUGGAAUGUCAACAUUCUUGGUUCCAUUGGCCACCACCGCUUUCUUGCCCGCCAUUUUAACUAUCGAGGCGGAAUUCAACACUAGUGCUAAUGUAAUCAACGUAUCGGUCUCUACCUUCAUUCUCAUGAUAGGGGCAGGUCCCGUGAUCCUGGGACCUUUGUCCAACCUUAUUGGACGUAGACCUAUAUACAUGUGGGGAUGCCUGGCGUAUGCUGUGUUUGCAGUAGGAGCUGCUCUGUCUCCCAACGUGGCAUCAUUGAUAGUGUUUAGAUUGUUACAAGCCAUUGCCGCAUCGCCCAGCACAGCUUUGAGCGCAGCUUCAGUAGCAGAUAUGUAUGAUAUCAGUCGCCGUGGAUCCAUGAUGGGGGCUAUCAUGAUUGGACCACUCGUAGCUCCGGCAGUGGCACCUGCUCUUGGCGGUGUCAUAGCACAACACUUAGGCUGGCGAGCCAUUUUUUGGAUGCAAGUCAUACUCGGUGGAAUUGUUUUCGUCUUGCAAUUCUUCUUGUUACCCGAAACUUUCAAACCAAAGAAAGACCCUGUUACUGGCAAGCUCCCUCGAUACAAUCCAUUCAGUGCAAUAGUAGUGCUCGCAAACCCUGCUAUUGUUUGGUCUGCUGCCUUUGGAGGCAUAGGAUUUGGACUGUACUAUCUCGUCGCCGUUACCAUCCAGAUCACUUAUUACACCCAAUACGCGUAUAACGAAACGCAGCUUGGACUUGCACUCCUUGGCAACGCUUUCGGAAUGCUGGUGGGAGCCAUAGUAGGUGGCCGAUUUUCUGAUUGGAGCAGAAGAAAGUUAAUCGCUCGCUACGGACCGGGAGUUCCAGAAUACCGCUUGUAUGCCAUAUUCCCAGCCGUCUUGCUCAUGCCCGCAGGCUUCUUAUGGUAUGGAUGGUCUGUUCAGGAACAAGCAAACAGCGUCGUUCCUCUAGUUGGGUUGUUUUUCAGUGGAGUCGCAGUCAUGAUAGUAUCCGUAGCUUGCUCGGCUUAUGGAAUAGACAGUAUGACGUGGAGGGCAUCAGAUGUGUCGUCUGGAGCAAACUUGUUGAGAAUGUCAUUUGCUGCUAUAACGCCUCAAUUCGCCCCGCAAAUGUACACAGCACUAGGCAACGGCUGGAUGUUUACAGUCGCUGUUGGCUUCUUCCUACUGUGCUGCUGCAGUGUACCAUUCUUCAUCAAAUAUGGACACAAAUACAGGCCCAAACCUCCAGCCGGUUGGGGCCAGGUUCCAUCCGCCAAAACUGAGCAAGCAGUCGAGGCCAUCAAAAUAGAAGAAGAAUACGAAAUGCCAUAA